CGUUCGCAGUCGAGGAAACGUUCUGCUCUCAGAUCGCGGACAUUCACCUUCUUAUAAUCAAAUGUCACGCUUGGAUGAUCUGACAGGCUGACCUUCGACGUCUCAUUACUGAACUGGAAGUCAUGGCCAACUCGGUAGAAAAAUCGCCAGGGUCGAUUGCCGACACCGCUCAUGACCUCCGUGUCGGACUCAACUCUGUCUUGGAAGAAAGCGUGGAUACGGUGAAAAAGAACGUUAGCAUCAUGGACGAAGAGUACUUUACACCUACCAGCACCAAAGUACAGGAUUUUGCCGAAAAGAACCCGGUAGUCUUUAUAUUCCUGGCUGUAUUCGGCUUCCUCUCGAUCUUCCCCAUCCUCUUUGCUUUGGGUUUCAUCGCUUUGUGCAUGAGCAUGGCUAUCAUCGGGACCGUCAUGUUCCUUCUAGCUGUGCUCGGAUUUGUGCUGCUCCUCACUAGCUUCGUGCUUACCCCUAUCUUGAUCAUCACGACGAGCAUCGCCAUGUUCACCACCGGCUGUCUGAUCGGUCUUUUCCUGGCCACCCGACUCUAUAUUCUUACCCGUGAUGCCGACUUUUCGCUGGCUAUCGGUUUGCAACGAUGGUUCGAAGAGACCAAGAGUCGGAUCUUGCGAAUGAUCCCUGCACAACCUGUCGAGGUUAAACAGGUCGUGAUCCAUGGUUCGGAGGCGGAGACCGGGGAAGAAGGAGAAAUCGAUGUCAAGAGGGUCGAGUUGCAAUUGAUGAACGGAAACAUCAAAAAGGAAGUCGAUAACGUGGCGGUGGUGGUUGACGAAAAAGCAGAUGGACGGGUGAAAGCGCAAACAGAUGGACAUUCUACGCGACAAGAAGGGGAGACGUAUGCAGAAGUAGCUCACGCUAUGACGGCGUAGAUGCGACGGGAUAUAUGAUCAAGAGGCCCGAUCUGUCUAGUUUGCCGCGGAG